CACCACAGGCUUUUGCAGUUGCAGCUCUCCCACCUCAUACUAUUCCCCAAUUUACCACUCUGUGCUGCUCUGCCAGACGCGACCCAAAACCUCCAAGAACCUCAAACGCGGCAGUGCCCGUGAGCCCAUACCAUUUCGGGAGCCAUAUAUAUAUAUCAUCGUCCACUCUCAUCCACACCAAGAAACAGCCGCUGAAGUGAAAGCAGUGCGUUUCAGAACGAGAGAGAAAGGAAGCAGCUUUCUUGCGGAUAGGGAAGCUCGCUCUCCUCCGGCGAAGGUCGCAGCGCUGGCGAGGCUGAUGAUCCACCAGCAGCAGCAGCAGCAGGACGAAGGCUCCUCCUCCUCCGUCACCUCCUCCCCGCUCCAGAACUUCUCCAACAUGCCGCUCCACCCCGCCACCGCCUCCACCACGCCGCCCUGGAUGCUGCGCGAGCUGCGCUCCGACGAGCGCGGCCUCUGCCUCAUCCACCUCCUCCUCAACUGCGCCGCCGCCGCCGCCGCCGGCCGCCUCGACGCCGCCAACGCGGCGCUCGAGCACAUCGCCACCCUCGCCUCCCCCGACGGCGACGCCAUGCAGCGCGUGGCCGCCGCCUUCGCGGAGGCGCUGGCGCGGCGCGCGCUCCGCGCCUGGCCGGGCCUCUGCCGCGCGCUCCUCCUGCCCCGCGCGUCGCCCGCGCCCGCCGAGGUCGCCGUCGCGCGCCGCCACUUCCUCGACCUCUGCCCCUUCCUCCGCCUCGCCGGCGCCGCCGCCAACCAGGCCGUGCUCGAGGCCAUGGAGUCCGAGAAGAUCGUCCACGUCAUCGACCUCGGCGGCGCCGACGCCACCCAGUGGCUCGAGCUGCUCCACCUCCUCGCCGCGCGCCCCGAGGGCCCGCCCCACUUCCGCCUCACCGCCGUGCACGAGCACAAGGACCUGCUCACGCAGACCGCCAUGGUGCUCACCAAGGAAGCCGAGCGCCUCGACGUGCCGUUCCAGUUCAACCCCGUCGUCACCCGCCUCGACGCGCUCGACGUGGAGUCCCUCCGCGUCAAGACCGGCGAGGCCCUCGCGAUAACCUCCAGCCUCCAGCUCCACCGCCUCCUCGCCACCGACGACGACUCCACCACCUCACCCACCGCCAUCGACAAAGAAAAGCGUCGGAGCAGCCCGGAGGACUCCUCCGGCCUGCUCUCCCCAUCAACCUCCCGCGCCGACGCCUUCCUCGGCGCGCUCUGGGGGCUGUCCCCGAAGGUGAUGGUCGUCACCGAGCAGGAAGCCAGCCACAACACGCCGGGCCUCACGGAGCGGUUCGUGGAGGCGCUCAACUACUACGCGGCCCUCUUCGACUGCCUGGAGGUGGGCGCGGCGCGGGGGUCCGUGGAGCGCGCGCGCGUCGAGCGCUGGCUCCUCGGCGAGGAGAUCAAGAACAUCGUCGCCUGCGACGGCGCCGACCGCCGGGAGCGCCACGAGCGCCACGACCGGUGGGCGGCCAGGAUGGAGGGCGCGGGCUUCGGCCGCGUCCCGCUCAGCUACUACUCCCUGCUGCAGGCGCGGCGGGCGGCGCAGGGGCUCGGCUGCGACGGGUUCAAGGUCCGCGAGGAGAAGGGCGUCUUCUUCCUCUGCUGGCAGGACCGCGCGCUCUUCUCCGUCUCCGCAUGGCGCGGCCGCCGCUACGACUGACCCGCCGGCCGGCCGGCCGUCGUGUCGCCGUGCCCCAAGGAUUCUUAGAUUUGAUUUUACCCUUACUAUCUACCGAUGGGCAUUAGCUAGCUAGGCGUUUCACCUGGCGCGUUGCGCCGGGUAAAAUUUGAAUCUUUUUCUAGUACUUGCUGUUUCUAGUAGCUCGGUGUUUGUUUAGACUGAACUUGCUGUUCAUAGUGUGCCUUCCCUUUCUGGUUCAGAUUAAUGCAUAGAUUUUAGCGUG